AUGGUUCGAAUGGUUCCUCGCCGGGCAUUGAAGCCUUAUCUGGCUGAAUUUCUCGGGACAACCCUACUGAUUGUCAUUGGCGAUGGAGUUGUCGCUCAAUGUCUGCUGUCCGACUACCAGUAUGGCACCUGGUUAUCCAUCAACAUCGCAUGGGCAGCUGCCGUCUGUCUCUCCAGCUAUCUCUCCGAUCCUAGUCCAACGAUCAACCCGGCCGUGACAAUCUGUGUUGCUCUUGUCCGUCCAUCUGCUGGCCAGUGGAAAUCCAUUCCAGGGAAGCUGCUGGCGCAGUUCUUGGGUGGAUUCGUCGGUGCUGCGCUCGUAUAUGUCAACUAUCGAUCGGCUAUUCUGGCUUGGGAUCCCGAGUAUACCAUUCCUUGGGGAUCGAUCCUGAGCCCGACAGGUCACCAUUCGGCGGGAAUCUUUUCGACCUAUCCCUCUGCCUCCUUCGCAUCAAACUGGGAAGCCGUAUUUUCUGAAGUGCUUGGCUCAGCUGUGCUGAUGUUUGGUGCUUUCAGUAUCUCAGAUCCUAGAAAUGCCCAGCGAUUCCCUGCCCCGCAAUUGUCCAUGUUUCUGCUUCUCCUGAGCAUCGGAGCAGCACUGGGCUGGCAGACUGGUUAUAUUUCGGCCCAAGAUUAUUCUCUGCUAUUCUCUUACGGUCGGGAGGUAUUUUCGGCAGCUGGUUACUACUUCCUCGUGCCCCUUUUCGCCCCAAUUAUUGGUUGCGUCAUUGGUGCGACGACUUACGACAGUAUGUUGUUUGAUGGAGACGGUUCUCGUGUUACCGAUACUCUGGACAAAGUUGAGAAUCACGGAUCCCUUCGACUGGAGUGA